AUGGAGGAGGGAAGUCUGUGGCAUCAAUGGAGUAUGUUCAGAUCUCUGCUAUCGAUUCUUCAAUGGUGGGGUUUUAACGUUACCGUUAUCAUCAUGAACAAAUGGAUCUUCCAGAAACUGGAUUUCAAGUUUCCAUUGUGGGUUUCGUGUGUUCACUUCAUAUGUUCAUCGAUUGGAGCUUACAUUGUGAUCAGAGUCCUGAAGAUUAAACCAUUGAUCGUGGUUGAUCCAGAAGAUCGAUGGAAGAGGAUCUUCUCAAUGUCAGUCGUAUUCUGUAUCAACAUUGUGUUGGGAAACAUCAGUCUUAGAUACAUCCCUGUCUCUUUUAUGCAGACAAUCAAAUCCUUCACUCCAGCAACAACAGUUGUGUUACAGUGGCUGGUAUGGAGGAAAUAUUUCGAGUGGCGUAUUUGGGCGUCGUUGGUUCCAAUUGUCGGUGGGAUCCUUCUGACUUCUAUUACAGAGCUUAGCUUUAAUGUGUUUGGUUUCUGUGCUGCAUUGUUUGGUUGUUUAGCUACCUCUACAAAGACCAUUCUUGCGGAAUCUCUUCUUCACGGAUACAAAUUCGAUAGCAUAAACACGGUAUACUAUAUGGCGCCAUUUGCGACCAUGAUUCUCGGAUUACCAGCAAUUUUACUUGAAGGAAACGGAAUCUUGGAUUGGUUCGAAGCACACCCGUCUCCAUGGUUGGCUCUCAUCAUCAUAUUGAGCUCGGGUGUUCUAGCUUUCUGCCUUAACUUCUCCAUCUUCUAUGUCAUUCACUCCACAACAGCAGUUGCAGUGGCUGUUUUGGUUUCAUGGAUGAUAUUCAGAAACCCGAUAUCACCGAUGAACGCUGUGGGAUGCGGAAUCACACUUGUGGGAUGCACAUUCUACGGAUAUGUGAGGCACAUGCUUUCUCAGCAGCAACCUGGACCUCCCAGGACUCCUCGUACCCCAAGGAACAAGAUGGAACUGAUCCCUCUACUAAAUGAUAAACCCGAGGGUAAAGUUUGA